GGAUAUUUACGCCAUAAUACGGAUUCUACACGUAAAUCACGUGAUUCCACGAGCCUAGACAUGUUGCUAUCGGUUUAGUCCUUUCAACCUCAAUGGACUACUAUGUAUUAAGUCGUUUUCUUGAGCGCCAGGCUCUAAGAACGCUGCUAACUACGUGGACAGGCCUUUAAAGUGUUAAUAUGGCUUUUUACGGCCUAAAGGAGACUACGGAUGAACCACGUGGUUCACGUCCACAGACAAGUGGCCAACGAUCUAUUUUUCAUAGUGCCCUACCUAGGACAAAAGUUUUCAAAAUCGGGCACCGGAAGCAAGACAAAUAUUUUCGCCCGUCUUUGUAUAACUCCCGACCUUGUGUGGGACACCUGUCUGUCAUAAGUGUCGCGUGUUCUUUUGAGGCAAAGCUUUGACCACAUUAGUGCUUUUGACUGCAAGGAGAAGAAAGAAAUAAUGGGAGAAGAUUUUGGACGCACAGUGACUCAGGAAGAUGUAGUCGAUCACACUGUGCCUGGCUAUUUGGUAUCUGAAAUUGUGCAAAACUUUAUUGUGUAUUUUCACAAACAAAUUUGUGACAGAAAUGUAUACGAGAUCCAGCAAAUAUAUGACGAGGGUUUUAACAGACUAACAGAAGAAUAUUUUUCAAAAUGUGCAUGGCCAGAAGCAGAAGAUAUUGCUCCACUGGUUCAAGAUGAUAAACUGUUUUUGACAUUGUACAAAGAAUUAUACUACAGACAUAUUUAUGCAAAAUUAAAGCCAACACUUGAGCACCGGUAUCAAUCUUAUUACAAUUACUGUGAAUUAUUUAAUUAUAUUCUUGAUGAGAGUGCACCAUCAACACUUGUUCUUCCUAACCAGUGGAUGUGGGAUAUUAUUGAUGAAUUUAUAUAUCAGUUUCAAUCAUUUUGUCAGUACAGAGCAAAGUUGGUAAAUAAACCAGAAGAAGAGAUGUUGUCUCUCAAAGACAAUGUUUACAAAGUUUGGAAUGUUCACAGUGUGUUGAAUGUUUUGUAUUGUCUUGUUGAAACGUCACGCAUCAAUGAACAAUUGGAGGUAUUUGCAAAUGACGAAGAUCCAGAUACAGUUGCAGGUGAUUAUGGCAGCCUGCCAUUGUACAAAAUGUUGGGCUACUUCAGUUUGAUUGGUCUUUUGCGCUUACAUUCACUUCUUGGAGAUUAUUAUCAAGCCAUCAAAGUCCUUGGAAGUGUGGAUUUAAAUAAAAAGACUUUGUAUUCCCGCGUCCCAGCAUGUCAGGUUACAACUUAUUAUUAUGUUGGAUUCGCAUAUAUGAUGAUGAGAAGAUACGAGGAUGCCAUUAGAAGUUUUGUGAAUGUCUUACUUUACGUUCAAAGAGCGAAGCAAGUUAUUCAAACCAAAUCGUAUCAAUUUGAACAAAUAAAAAAGAAAGUGGAACAGAUGUACACAUUGCUGUGUAUCUGUCUUGUGCUAUGUCCUCAAAGAAUCGAUGAAAGCGUGAACCAACAGCUACGCGAAAAAACACUUGAUAAGAUGCUCAAGAUGCAGAAAGGAGAUACCAGUGUUUUUGAAGAGUUUUCUUAUGCAUGCCCAAAAUUUAUUUCCCCUAUUCCACCGAAUUAUGACAGUCCUCCAGUCAAUUCCCAUUUGGAUCCUUUUAAUCUACAACUGCGUAUGUUUAUGGUCGAGGUACAACAACAAAGUAUUAUUCCAGUUAUUCGAAGUUAUCUAAAACUAUAUACAACCAUGUCGAUACCUAAGCUUGCCUCGCUCUCAGAACUGGACGAAGGAACGCUCCAGACAGCUUUGUUAUGUUUUAAGCACAAACAAAGAAACUUGGUUUGGACGAAGGGUACAGAUGCACUGGAGGGAGAAUUUCUAUCUUCUCCCGAGACAGAUUUCUACAUAAAUAACGACAUGAUUCACAUCGCCGAUACGAAAAUUGCGCGAAGAUACGGCGAUUUCUUUAUCCGACAAAUUAAUAAAAUUGAUGAGAUCAACAGAAGCUUAUGGAAGCAAGCCUAAUUACCGAAAAGAAUUCACAUUGACAUUAGUUCUCGUCAUCUCUUAUUUUGAUUCAAAAUACCGUUUUCGUGAGAAAAGUAGCUAGAUGUGUGGCAUUAAGUGAUUUUACGAGUGAAACUUUGCUUUUCCCAGAACCUAAAGCAAACUGAAAGUUUGAAUUGCAAAAAUAAAUUUCUUGAAAAUGUCAUAUAUUUAAUUUUUUCUUUUGUGUGAACCCCGUCUAAAUAUAUGGAAAUAACGACUACAAUUUGAAUAGUAAAAUGAAAAGCCCUUACAGGCUAAAAGAU